UUAUAUUUAUUUUUAUUAAAAUAACACCUAAGCAGGUCGUUACAAUUCUCUCCCCAGGUUCCGUCCAUCUGCUCGGGUAUGGCAGAAAGAUGAGCAAAAACGGUUAUGGAGGAGGCGGAACUCAGGGCCCAGUAUCAAUGAAGCCGGUCAGAUUUCUAUCUCAAUAGAAAGCAAAGAUUUCGAACUCUCAAUUGAAGGGCAGGGCAUCAAAAUCUCUGAAUCCAAAUCAGGUACUCAGUUUCUCAGGGGAAGUCAUUAGGGUUACAAGAGAGGCAAUGAAGAGCUUUGAAUUCAUUGAUGCAGCAAAAUUUGAAGGUGCGAAAUAUCCGGUAUUCCUUGCUUAUGCGAAUGAGGAUAUGAAUGUUGUUCUCAACCAUCUCUGUGGGGUACAAGAAUGAUUGAGGAAUCCAUCUGGGGAAAGGGUUGUUCUUUUGUUUGGGUUAUAAUCACAUUGCCCAGGCUACCACUUCUUUUUCUUCAUUUUUUGGAUUAUGCUUUUCUUUUGAAUAGACACUUAAAUCCAGGGGUUUGUAGGUCUGAUUGUACUGGGCUUUGGGUUCGGGUUUUCUAUAAAUUAUAAAUGGUUUUGGUAGUAGUCUAUUACCUGCAGUUCGGUGAUAUAUAUGGGGUUAUCUGGUUUCAAUCACAAACGUUAAAGGACUUUUGGUGUUGGGUUUGUUUGCGUCUCUCUAUAGCAACUAUGCUUGGUUGUGGAUUUUCUAGCUUAUGGGAAGGCAGUCUCUUCGGGCUGAAUCGUUUUGAAGAAGAAGAAGACUGGAAUGAGUAUUUUCUAGCUGAACAGUUAGCUUGGCUGAGGAUUUUUGGCUUCUAGGAGAUGUUUGCUGGGUAGUAAGCUUCAAGAGGAAGAAGUCAAAUUAUGGGCUGAAUGGCCCCUACGAAUCCUGAAACCUGGACCCUCCAUUAUCAAGGAGAGCGAACUUCGAGAGAUGGCCGUGCUCCUGGGCAAGGGCUUCCGGGUCCACCAUCCCAAUGCCGUUGGGGGGAUCAGUCUAUCCUACAAUCCAAAUCCCCAGAAAUAUAUGGUCAUGCAGUACCACUCCGUGGAGAAUGGAUUUAGGUUGCCCCUCCACGGUCUGCUCUGCGAUCUCUGCCUCCACUUCGGAUUUGCCCCGGGUCAACUGACCGCCAACGCGCACAAGUAUGUCGCGUCCUUCAUCUUGAGGUGUUGUGCCCUGGACAGAGUCCCAAAUUUGGAGAAAUUCCUUAUGCUCUUCAGUAUUGGGGGGUUCCCCUUCUAUAGCCUAUAUCCUCACAACCAUUUCCCAAUUUUUGAGAAGAUUGAGCUCAAGAUCGACAGAUGGUCACUAAAAUACUUCGUCAUAGAGUUCCCUGAUCACAGUCCCCUUGACCUUCCAGGUGCUGUUCUCCGGCGUUCCAUUUCCCAGACGAAAUUCGCCGCAGCAGACUUAGCGGAGGGAGUGUAUAAUACCUUGAGGGAGAAGGAGGGCUUAAUUUCCCACCACUCUCUCCAAGAUGCUAAACUGUACAAGAAGGCAGGUUUUUACUACCCCCUGGGUCCUGACCCGAUUCCAUUUGAAGGGGAGCCUUCCCCUGAAAGGGCAAAGGCUCCUCCUGCUGCAAAGUCUCCCCCAGCUAAAUGGCCACAGGAAGGUGUCUCCGAUGAUGAUUUCCUUCCCAAAAAGAACAAGGGCGACGGUACUUCUGUUUCGCCUAGCCCCCUGUCCACUUCUUCCGGCACCCAGCAUAUCACUCCUGCUACUACAUCCGGGGUCUUGGAGUUAUCCCACCCGGAUAGACUUGAUUGUGAGGGAGAAGAGCCUAGGGACCAGUCUGCGCUCAGGAAACCCAUAACGCAACCCCAGACUGAGGCGCCAAGUUCCUCGCCACACAUCGCAACCAGUCCCCAAGUAACGGAGGAAGAAGGGAUGAGGCAGAAAGAACCUGAGUCUUCCCCUACAGCAAAGAGGGAGGUUGAAGUGCAGACAGAAACGGAAGUCUCCCUCCCGGGGAAGGAUGAAACCGGAGAGCAGGGGAACGCUGAAGCUCCUUCAGAGAUGGAGAGAGAGACUGAAAGACAAUCAGAGCCGGAGGGACAGUGCUCCACGGCCACAUUCUUGGCCCCUAAUAUUCCCAUCCGGCGCAGGUUCACGCCACAAACUUACCCCGCUUUCUCAGAGGGUUGGGAAGGCUUUUCCCGCGGUUUGAGAUCCUUACAAGCUUCCCAUUGGACUAUCCAGGGGAAUCUAGAAAGGAUGAGGGGAUCAGUACAAGAACCCACAAUUCCCCAAGCUCGCUCUGAUCUUCUUGCCCUCAAUGCCCUGCACCUCAUGGAACAGGCCCAGCAAUCACUCCUCACUUUGACUGAGGAGUACCUGGGAGGAGCAUCAGGGAACUUUCGGGCUGUUGUGCUCCUGAGGGAGAGGGAACAGGCUGCCAGGGCCUUACAACAGAAGGUCGACUCCCUGGGACAACAGGUCCGGGUCUUGCAAGAAGAGAAUGCUCGGCUCAAGGCAGAUGGCUCAAUGGGGCUGGCAGCUGAGAGAUCCAAGGUCCAGUCCUUACAAGAGCAGAUUGCCAACUACCAAAAAGAAACCCAGGAUCUGGAAGUGCAGUUUGACCGACUCCGGGCACAGAUUUCCAUCCUGGAAUCCAGGAUCUCGGCUUCAGAAGAUCAGGUAGGAAGCCUGAAAGCUGAGCUGGCUGAAAGGGAAUCCCGGAUCUCUGAGCUAGAGAAUUCCCUCCAAGAGGCCAAGUAUGAGGGUUCCCGCCUUAACGAGCUUGCACUGAAGCACAUGGAGGCGAGACGGCUUGACCUCGAGAAGUUGAAGAGAGAGAGGCAGGCUGCAAGUGAGCUCCGGUCAAAGGUGGAUGAACAGGAGAAGACAAUUGCCGCUCAUCAAGAGGAGGUGGCCACCCUGGUUGCUCGUGCCGGAGCCCUCUACGAAGAGGGACAAUUUGACAUGCAGCAAUGCAUCUACGGGGCAGUCCAGAGUGGUCUCCCAGAGAACCGCACUUUGGAUGAUUUCAUCUCCUACUAUGGGUUACCCCUUCCUCUUUCUCCCCCAGUCUCUCGUGCAAACCCGGGACCUUGACUUCAUCUUCCUUUGUUGACUGUUAUAUUUUGCCUUGUAAUUAUUUGGAUGAUAGUGAAUUGAUAACACCUGAUGUAUUUUUGUUCAUGUAGACUUCUUCCAUAAAUCUGACUGUUCUUC